ACAAGGGCGCUGCUUACAUAUAGGGUUUUAAUAGACCUGGCUGCUCUGUAAAAACACCCAAAAUUUCUAUUCUAAGAAGCAUCAACUCUCUCCCUCUCUGCAAUCACCAUGAGCAAAGGACCUGCCCUCUUCUACGAUUUCGGCAAAAAAGCUAGAGAUUUACUCGCCAAGGACUUCACCACCGAUCAGAAGAUUACAAUUUCUUCUUCCACCUGCACUGGAUUGGCCAUUACUUCAAGUUUGGCUACAAAGGGAGGUCUGUCUGCUGGGGAUGUAGCAACACAACAUAAAUUCAAGAAUGGAUCACUUGAUGUCAAACUUGACACAGAAUCAAACAUCCUAACAACCAUCAGCAUCACAGAUUUUCCUUCAUCCACAAAAGUCAUUGCUUCUUUAAAGUUGCCUGAUUACAGCUCUGGCAAGCUGGAGAUACAGUAUUUACAUCAACAUGCUGGUAUCACUGCAGCUGUUGGCUUGAACAAGUCUUCUGCUGUCGAUCUUUCGGCAACUAUUGGCACUCCCACCAUUGCCUUUGGUGCAGAGACAACUUAUGCUGCAGCUUCUGGUGAAUUUGCAAAAUAUAAUGCUGGAGUGAGUUACACAAAGCCAGAUUCCAAUGCUUCAGUAAUUCUGGCUGACAAAGGAGACUCAAUUAAGGCGUCUUAUAUGCAUUAUCUAGAUCUGCAGAAUCAAGCGACUGUAGUGGGAGAGAUCAGUCGAAGGUUCUCCACUAAUGAGAACACAUUAACUGUUGGAUGUUCCUAUAUGGCUGAUCCUCAGACAUUGUUUAAGGCAAAGCUAAACAAUCAUGGCAACCUUGGUGUUCUUAUACAACAUGAGCUCAAGCCCAAGUCUUUCCUGACAAUUUCUGGUGCUUUCGACACCAAGGACUUGCAGAAGAAUCCCAAGCUUGGGUUUGCACUCUCUCUCAAGCCUUAGUUGGCUAAUGGCUAUACUCAUACCAAGAAAGAAUGAUGCAACCAAUUUUAUUCAUAUAAUUUUUCCUGAUUUUUCUCCACUCAAAUUGAGGCAUUUUGGGAAUUGACAUUAUUUGAAAAUUCCUUUGAGAUGGGAUUUCUCAUCUUGGUUUCUGAAAAACGUUUACCACAGAUUGCUCAAAUCAUGUACUUGCUAUUUGCUAUUGAAUCGAGUAUUUACUGACCAAUUUGCUCGAGUUUUA